AGCUUUUAUAGCACGUGCAGCAGCCUUUUCUGUACUGAGAGAGCUAGCCAUAGGCAGGAAGAGAGGUUAUCAGUGAGCUGCUUUAGAAAGCAGGCAGUCGUCUCACUCCUGAUUUUGUUGUGAUAAAUAAGCAUUGCUUAUAACAAAUGGACAAUGCUGAAUAUGCAGCUAAAUCUGAAAUGCUGUUCUUUGUCUUCAGUUCAUGAUGGAGUAAAGUAGCUUACCAACGUUACAAGGAAACUGAGGAAAAAACAAAACAAGAUCCUUCACUCAGCUCGUUCAGAUUGCUGAAUAUGGUUCUAUGGCUCUUCAGAUGCUUUUAAUAACCUCAUCUACAUCUGACACAAAGAUGAUGUAGCACAAAAGAGAGCAACCUGGACUGUUUUUCACUGUAGGAGUGCAAGCCUUGUUUGUUCAGUCAUUUGUGCAGUAGGGUUGAUUAUUAUUUAUUUAUUUUUUUAAGCAAAGAGCUGUCACCCGUUCUGGUUAACCAGACCCUGAUUCAUAAUGCAAAACUAUAUCCUUCAGUGCCUGUAGCAUGCAUUCAAUACAGCAAGAUGAGUGUGGAAUAAAGCUACUGUAACACGGAAGUAGAAACUCAUCUCAGAAAAAUAGAGUUUGCAGCCAUUUUAUGAAUUUUCAAGCUGGGAUUAAUACUGAUGCCCUUUUUAUCUUAAGAGGAAACUAUGAUUUUGCUAUAAAUAAUCAAGUUUUUUUUUCUUGGUGUUAUUGUCAAACCUGUCUCCAGGUGCUGUCAGGUAUUCUGACAAUGGCUGUGUCUGUGGUGGACCCAAGAACCGCUGGUCUUCACUUAUGGCAUUAGUGGCAAACAGAAGUUGUCUUUUUCUUGUUCUGAAGGGGUGACAGGAGUGCAGUUUAAAUAAUGAAUGAACUGCAUAGCCUGGCACAGGCUUGCAGUAGGUAUUUACAAGGUUGAAGCAUUAUUUUACAGUAACUGGAACAUUGUUUAAUGGAACUGUUGUAGACCUAGUUUAAUGACACCUUUUCCAGUACCACACCCAUAAAUACAUUAAAAAAAAAUGGAUGACUCCAGUAUAUUACGGAGGAGAGGACUGCAGAAAGAGUUGAGUCUUCCCAGAAGAGGAAGUUUUUGUCGCACCAGUAACAGGAAGAGUUUGAUAGUGACAUCAAGUACUUCUCCAACCUUACCAAGACCUCAUUCACCCCUCCAUGGACACACAGGCAGCAGUCCACUAGAUAGUCCCCGGAACUUCUCUCCAAAUGCUGCAGCUCAUUUUUCAUUUGUUCCUGCUCGAAGCCAUGGCCACAGAGCAGACAGGACGGAUGGACGUCGCUGGUCCCUGGCUUCUCUGCCGUCAUCUGGCUAUGGCACCAACACACCAAGUUCUACAGUAUCAUCAUCGUGUUCCUCGCAGGAGAAGCUACACCAGCUUCCCUUCCAGCCCACUGCUGAUGAACUCCACUUCUUGACCAAACAUUUCAGCACAGAAAGCAUAACUGACGAAGAAGGACGACGCUCUCCCGCCAUGCGUCCACGGUCACGCAGUCUCAGCCCUGGCCGAGCUCCUAUCUCCUUUGAUAAUGAGAUUGUAAUGAUGAAUCAUGUCUACAAAGAACGAUUUCCUAAGGCAACGGCUCAGAUGGAAGAACGCCUGGCAGAAUUUAUUGCUUGCAAUGCCCCUGAGAAUGUACUGCCUCUAGCAGAUGGAGUCCUAAGUUUCAUCCACCAUCAAGUGAUUGAACUAGCCAGAGACUGUCUUGACAAAUCCCGAGAAGGUCUCAUCACUUCAAGAUACUUCUGUGAGCUUCAGGAUAAUCUGGAGAAGCUCCUACAGGAUGCCCAUGAACGAUCUGAGAGCUCAGAGGUGACUUUUGUCACACAGCUGGUACGGAAACUGAUGAUUGUCAUUGCACGACCAGCCCGGUUGCUAGAGUGCCUGGAGUUUGAUCCGGAGGAGUUCUACCACCUAUUAGAAGCAGCUGAAGGCCAUGCAAAGGAAGGGCAAGGAAUCAAGUCGGAUAUUCCCCGCUACAUCAUUAGUCAGCUUGGCCUUACAAGGGAUCCCCUGGAGGAAAUGGCCCACCUGAGCAGUUACGAUAGUGGUAGUGCGGAUACACCUGAGACAGAUGAUUCAUCUGAGAGCCGUGGAGCUUCAGUACAGCCAAAGAAAGCGCCUUCUGAGGAGGACUUUGAAAACAUCAAACUUAUCAGUAAUGGAGCCUAUGGAGCUGUUUAUUUAGUGAGACAUAAGGAGACUCGUCAGCGCUUUGCCAUGAAAAAAAUUAACAAACACAACCUGAUUCUAAGGAACCAGAUCCAGCAGGCCUUUGUGGAGAGAGAUAUCCUUACUUUUGCUGAAAAUCCAUUUGUUGUUAGUAUGUUCUGCUCUUUUGAUACUAAACGUCAUCUCUGCAUGGUCAUGGAAUAUGUAGAAGGAGGAGAUUGUGCAACCUUAUUAAAGAAUAUCGGUGCCCUGCCUGUUGAUAUGGCUCGGAUGUAUUUUGCUGAAACUGUUCUAGCUCUGGACUACCUCCAUAAUUAUGGAAUUGUUCAUCGGGACCUCAAACCUGACAAUCUGCUGAUUACAUCAAUGGGUCACAUUAAACUGACUGACUUUGGCCUUUCUAAGAUUGGAUUAAUGAGCCUUACCACCAACCUUUAUGAAGGUCACAUUGAGAAAGACACCAGAGAAUUCUUGGACAAGCAGGUUUGUGGUACCCCAGAAUACAUUGCCCCUGAAGUGAUCUUACGACAAGGCUAUGGAAAACCUGUUGACUGGUGGGCCAUGGGAAUAAUUCUGUAUGAGUUCCUUGUUGGCUGCGUUCCAUUUUUUGGUGACACACCUGAAGAGCUUUUUGGUCAAGUCAUUAGUGAUGAAAUUACUUGGCCUGAUGGGGAUGAUGCUUUGCCAGCAGAUGCCCAAGAUCUAAUCGACAAACUACUAAAUCAAAAUCCACUUGAACGACUGGGCACAGCUGGUGUAUAUGAAGUGAAGCAGCAUCCAUUUUUUAAAAACCUGGAUUGGAAUGGAUUACUUCGACAAAAGGCAGAGUUUGUUCCACAGCUGGAAUGUGAGGAGGACACAAGCUACUUUGACACCCGUUCAGAGCGCUACCAUCAUGCAGACUCAGAUGAAGAAUAUGAUACCAAUGAUGAUGAAUGCAUGGAAAUCAGAAAGUUUUCUUCCUGUUCUCCCCGCUUCAGUAAGGUUUAUAGCAGCAUGGAGCAUCUUACCCUAAAUGAUGAAAAGAAAACACCACCUCCAACCAAGCGCAGUUUAAGUGAAGAAAAAGAGGACAGACUGGAUAACGUCAUCGGACUGAAAACCCGUGAACGCAGCUGGACAACUGGAUCUCCUGAACUCUUCCGUAAGCGUCUUUCCGUGUCGGAAUCCUCCCACACAGAAAGUGACUCUAGUCCCCCAUUAACAGCUCGCCGCCGGUGUUCUGGGCUUGGAGAGAUGCCUCGAUUUGCUAUCUCUGCAGAGGAGGAGAGGACUACACCAAUGAAGCAGCAACACCCUCUGCAGCCUGCAACAUCAGUGAGCACUCCUCAGGAUACUUCAUCCCUGGCCGUCACUCAGCAAACGGUGGCACAGGAACUGAAGUUAGAUGGAGAGUUAGGGCCAGCUACCCCAGCAUCUGCAGCUAGCAACAUCAGCAGCUCAACAUUGACAGCUGGAAGCACCACAGACCCCACUGACCGUCGCUUUUGCAGCAAUAAUACCACAGAGGGUUCCGAUUUUACCACUCCUAAGGCCAUCAGUGACCUCGUAGUGCGCCGGGCACGACAUCGCCUACUUUCUGGGGACUCUGCAGAGAAACGCACUUCAAGACCUAUCAAUAAAGUGAUCAAGUCAGCCUCUGCCACAGCACUCUCUCUCAUGAUUCCAUCUGAUCAUGCUAGUUCUCCACUUGCCAGUCCAAUGUCACCACAUUCUCUUUCCUCCAAUCCAUCUUCUCGCGACUCUUCUCCCAGCAGAGAUUUCUUUCCUACUGUCACAAACUUGAAGCCUCCAAUUACUAUUCACAGAGCAGGAAAGAAAUACGGUUUCACCCUUCGAGCGAUCCGAGUCUAUAUGGGUGACAGUGAUGUGUAUUCUGUGCAUCACAUGGUCUGGCACGUGGAGGAAGAUGGUCCUGCUCAUGAGGCAGGUCUGCAAGAAGGUGAUCUAAUAACGCAUGUUAAUGGAGAACCAGUCCAUGGCUUGGUGCACACAGAGGUGGUAGAACUCAUCUUAAAGAGUGGGAAUAAGGUUUCCAUUUCAACAACUCCAUUUGAGAAUACUUCCAUCAAAAUUGGACCAGCUCGCAGAUCCAGCUACAAGUCCAAAAUGGCUCGAAGGAGUAAGAAAAGCAAAAGUAAAGAUGGGCAAGAAAGUAAGAAGAAGAAUUCACUCUUCAGGAAAAUCACAAAACAAGCAUCCUUGCUACAUACCAGCCGGAGUUUGUCUUCUUUAAACCGUUCUCUCUCAUCUGGUGAAAGCGUCCCUGGCUCACCAACUCACAAUCUUUCCCCACGCUCUCCGACUCAAGGCUACAGAUCUACCCCUGACUCAGCACAUUCAGCUGGAGGAAAUUCUUCACAGAGUAGCUCUCCAAGUUCCAGUGUUCCUAACUCUCCAGCCACGUCUGCCCACAUCAGACCAAGUUCAUUGCAUGGGCUAGCACCAAAGCUUCAACGACAGUACAGGUCUCCCAGACGCAGAUCAGCAGGCAAUAUUCCUCUUUCACCAUUGGCACGCACUCCAUCACCAACACCACAGUCCACAUCCCCUCAACGGUCACCGUCUCCUCUCCAAGGACAUUCUGCUGCAAGUUCCAGCACUGCACAUUCAUUUCCAGUUAAGCUGCACUCUUCUCCUCCUCUCAUGAGACAGAUUUCUAGGCCCAAAAGUGCUGAACCUCCAAGAUCCCCACUGCUAAAAAGAGUGCAGUCCGCUGAGAAGCUGGCUGCAACUCUUUCUUCAGAAAAGAAACUUGCCUCUUCACGCAAGCAUAGCCUUGAAAUCCCCCACUCUGACUUUAAAAAAGAGUUGUUACAGAGGGAUCCUAGUUUACAGAGUUUACAUGAAUCUGGAAGUGAAGCUAGUGGAGGGAAAGUGGGGUUAGCAGAAAAAGGAACUCUACAGAAGCCUUCAUCUAGAAAACUGGGUUCAGUUAGACACGACAGAGUAGAAAGAAGGGAAUCGCUGCAAAAGCAGGAGGCAAUCCGUGAGGUAGAUUCAUCAGAAGAUGAAACUGAUGAAGGAUCAGAAGACAGCCAGGAUGGGAGAAGGUUGGAUAGCUCCUCUUUUACAGAACAGCAUGUUGCUGGUUCCUGUACUGAUGAUCAUCACAUUUCUUCUAGGUCUGAAUGCAAAGAUUCAAUAGAAAAUGAUGCAUUUGGGGCUGCAGUAGUGUGCAGAAAUACAGGAAGUGCCUCCCAAACCACAACCCAGAUGCCUGUUACCACUCUAGAAAGACAGGAUAAAACUGAUAAAAAAGUGUUAGACAUGCCAGAAGCUCCUUGUCUGCUGAAUCCACCUCUGGCUAUGUCAGCUAAUUUACAAAAUCUUGCCCGAGAUGAUGCUAGCAAACCAGCAGAGAGUCAAGACUUCACAGAGAAGAAAGAAAAAGUAUCUCCUGUGCCUCAUGAUAUUCCAGAAAAAUCUGGCACUAUUGCAGACUUCAGUCUUCAGAAACAUCAGGAAAUAGGUAGAGACAUUAAAUCACCGGUCAACAGGGUCUCUCCAGGUGUUGAGAUGAACACUCUCCCUAUCAGUCAAAGUGAUGGUAAGAAAUCAGCAAAUUACACUCAACAGACAGACUUUGUUCUGCACUCUUCUGCACUUUCUUCAGGUGGCACUGCCAAUGCACUAUCAAUGCUGCCUUUCUGCUCCUCCCCACAGAAAGGAGAACGAGUAAAUAGGGUUAGUGAGCAUAUGUUUACAGAACAUAAAGCGCAAAAUAAACUUAACUUUAAAGAACCAUGUAGGAGCACUGAAUUACCUUUCAAGACCAAUAUAUGCCAGCAAGAAUCACCCCUCGAAUCCACUUCGAGGAAGAAAACUCCCCAGGAUGCAAAAGAUGCCUUGAAGAGCAAACGAGAAAUAGAAAGUAAAACCUCAUCUCCCGGUAGUUUAUCGUCUGCUUCAAACAAUGUUCAUAAAACUCUUUUAGUAUCUCAGCUAGCUGCAGUAGCCAAAAGCGUGCUUGGGCCAGUAAAACUGAGUGUCCCUCUAUCUAAGGAGACUUCAGAAAAGGGAAAAGAGCAUCACACAGAGGAGUUUAUCAGCACAAAGGGUCAACUUGUAAAGAAACAAAAGCAAGAUAUCCUGAAAGAUAAAACAGCAUUCAGAGCAGAUCAGGCUAUCCAGGACCUUCAUAAAGCAGCUACAUUUACACACACUUAUGGAUCUUCUAGUGACCCAUUGAAACCAACAAGUUCUUGGGAGGUCAGUCACCUGCCACCAGCAAGAAGUGAGCCAGAUCUUUGGUCCUUCAAGGUGAGAGAUACCUUCAGAAAUGCCCAGUCAUCUCCACCAAUAGAAACAUCACACUGCACUAUAAAACAGACCAAAGUAUCAGAAUGUGGUCAUAGUCAGCAGAAGGACAUGACAUGUGGAGAAAGAGAGACAACUGGCCAAAAGAAAGGACAGGGUUUUCAUGCAGCAGAGGUGUGUGACAGUGCUGCUAAGAAAACAUAGCAGCAUUAGGACACGACUAGAAGGGACUUUUUUUGUAGUCAAAAAAACGCAUGCUCAGAAUUCUCAUAUACACUAAUACUGAAAUAUGCUUAUGUUCAUAAGAUUUAUCAUCUUUCUUCCCCUUUGUGUUACUAUGAGUUUGAGCUUCACAACAUGGUCCUUCAUUAUACUUGUAAACAUUGGUCAAUAUUUCUUUCUUUGAAAUUUUCAAUAGGGUAUCUUUAUAACUGGGCUGGAAUAUUUUUAUUGUUUCCUCUUGAGAUUUAAUUGCAUACUCUUACUGGGAACAUUUUAAGCCACUGUUUCUUUCAUAAAUGCUUUCAGGUGUUUCCUUUUGUUUAUGUUCUCUCAUGUGUGGUAAACCAUACCAGUAGUUGAACUGUUGGUACUAGUAAGCUAGCUGGUGAAAACCAGUGAGAUGAGUAAGGCACUGACUUCUUACAGAAAGACAAAAUGAUACUUCCUAGAUUUCUUUGGAUUGUAAGUGUUAAUGCUCUCAAUGAAACGCGUUCCAGUUCUUCUUUAAUAAAGAGCUUGCUAUUAGUGUUUAAUGUUGCAUGCAUAAGUGAGGGACCAAGCCGUAGAAUCAGCUGUAGGGUUUGUUCAAGUCUGAAAAUGAUGAAAUCUUAAUUUAACAUUCACGGAGUCAGGCUCACAUAUGCAACAUAAACUUUACCUCUGGAAUAGACAGGCAGAAUGGAAGUUAAAUGUGGGUGUUAAUUUAAUGACAUUCAGCGACCUGCAAUAUACUUUGCAGUAGCAUUUUGUUUUCAGUGAUUAAUAAAACUCAUUUUGUAAGGAUGUAAGAAGUCACUGACAGGCUCCACAACUAACAGCUAUCAUGUAGCACAAAACUUUUGCAUAGUACUAUUUUUUUAAAAGGCAUUUUAAAAUUAGAACCCCCCCCCCUCUCAUCUUCAUCCUUGAACAGAAUCCAGCCCACAGGUAUGUUAUGUACACUCCAACAAUCAGGUACUUGAGUUUGCCACUUCCUUCUACUCAUGCAGUAGUCUGUUUGGAUUUCUGGAGAAUGAGUCCUCUCGUAACACUGAAAGUCUGAACUUGUCAAACCUUUUGUGGCUUUUCCUGAGAUAAGACAGCCCAGGUUCUGUAACCUCUGAGCCCUGCUUGUAUUUUUUGCCCUUUAUGUAUCCCACUGUCCCAUACUUUAAGAUGCUCAUCCUUGUGGGCCCCCAGUGCCACAUCUACCUCACUUCCUUUCAGAAUCUGCAGAUAAAAUGUUACUGUAGUCCAGCUUCUCAGAUGUCAUCCAUCCCAUUACAGAAUACUUUUGUUCUAUUCUGGGAUGAUUACAGAUGGCUUCUUCAGGGCCAGGUGUAGACUGUAUUGUAGCAAGUAGUCACUAAAACCGUUUUUUUUUUUUUUUUUACAACUGUGUGACUUAGUAAAGCGGCUGGUAAUAUUUCAGCUACCUGGUGUGCCUUCCAUCAUUUUGAACGCUUGCUUUUAAAGAACUGCCUUGAGUCAUUUCCUGUUUGUUUGAUCCUGGUACAAAACUUCAGAAAUGUGCCCUGUAUCUUAGUUUCUUGGAGACAAUAUUCACACAUAUUUGUUGAAGUACAUACCUUUUUAAAAAAUUUUCAUUAAAGAACUACACGACUUCUGUUUAAUGCACACAUAAGAUCAUCUAAGUGGGUUUCAUCCUGCAAAUUACUUUACUAAGAACUACAUAAGUAGAUGUUUUAAUGUUUAUUCAUGAGUUUGAUGGUCUACUUGUUCUGUCCAGUCAUUAAAAAACAGUCAUGCUUCAUUGAUUUUUCAGCACCAAGAAGUGUAACUCGAACAACUAUAAAAACAGAUUUUUUUACUACAGUGGAGAAAAGUAUUAAAAAAAAACAAUGUAUUGAACCAUUGGUUGCACAAUACGGUAAGGUUUUGCACAAAAGUCACUCUCACACAAAUACCGCAGCCAAGUUGUAGGUAUGUCGUAUGACCUCAGUUACAUUGAUCUGUUACAUCAAGAUAUGUGUUCAGUACAUUGACACUAAUUUGCUGCUUUGGAGUUACAGCUGAACAUUUCACAGUUAAUUUGUUUAUGUCAGUAAAAGGUAUAUACCAGCCUUCAGAGACUAGGAUUAGUACCCACUGCAAUUAAUACAUUUACCAAAUUUUGCAAACCAUGUACAUAAAUUCCUAUGUGUAAUGUCAUUCAUUGUGUAUAGUAUAAUAAUGUGGGAAAAACACUGCCUAUACUGUGUAGCAAGUGAGAUAAAAAAAUACCACCUGUAACCUGGUUUCCCUUAUUUGCUGUUGACAGAUUACUAUGCUCUUGAUACAAGGUCUCAAAAAAAAGUUCUUUUGUCUAUAUUACACUUGGGAAAACUAAUGUAGUAUAGACGUGGCAGUACAGAGAUCCAUACUGGUGGUACAGAUGGGCUUGCCCCCCAAAAAAAUAUUUAUCACCUUAUUAAUACUUAUCAUAUAUUGACAUAUGACGACUUCUGUUUCAUUGUAAGUAUGCAUUUCACAUAACUAUUUUUGCAUUUUAUUCAACAUUUAUUAUUGACAGCUUUCUGAGAAUUGGGAUCUGUGUGUUAUUUUAGGACUGAGUAGUGUGUGUGUGUGUGUGUGUGUGUGUGUGUGUGUGUGUGUGUGUGUGUGUGUGUGUGUGUGUGUGUGUGUAUGGCGAUCGUCUCUACUGAUCACUUAGGAGAUAGUGUACUACAGUGCUAAAUGGUACAGAAAUGCACUGCCGGUGUGAAUCCCCUUCACCAUCUAGUUGUGUAUUUUGUACCUUUGCCAGAACAAGUCAGUUGACUUCCUUUGAUCACUAUUCCCCCCAAAGUAUUAGGGCGACACUGAUCACUAUUCCCUCCAAAGUAUUAGGGCGACACAUCUACGUCUUCACAUUGCAGACAACAUCCCUGUCAGCUUAACAAACCGUAGCUGCUGAAGGAGUGUAAGGUGUAUGAUUUUAGAGAUGAUGAAGUCCUUGUGUUUGUCAUUUCUCUUAAUCUACUGAUAUUCUUUUCUAGGAUGCUGUAUACAAGUAUUGCAGUGAGUUUUUAUGUACUUUUGUGGGGGAGGUGUGCAGUUUGGGUUUUUAAACUAAUUGCAAAGGGCUAGAUGAAGAAAACCAACCUCCUAAAAACUGCUAAGCUGAGCUUUAAGAUGCAGAAAAAUUCUAGUAUUUCACUCUCAUAUAGGCAUCUGAUUGCAUGACCCAUUAAGAAUCCAAAUAAAAGAAUACCUCACCUGCCCAUGUAACAAAAGGUAUGUUAAUGCACCAUUGCAGAGUAGAAAUUCACAAGUGAUUUUAACGUAUUGAGGAUAGGUCAGCAGUGACUUGUAGAGUUUGCUGUGAAGCACUUGCAAAGAUUAAUUGUGUAUGUAGGAGAUGGAGAUAUGUCUGGCUUUAAAAUAACAAGUACCUAGGGUAAAGACCUGAGCAAUUUUCUACAGGAUUGAGUGACUCUUAUGCCUUCUAUAGAAAAAUGUAAAAGUACGGUAAGUCCUCCAACCUGAGAGGAAAAUAGUGGUGACGUUUCUAAUUUGAGAAAGUAAGAUGGUACCAGAAAAGAGAAACCUAGUGCUUAUCAACAUGGGCUUUUUCGACUUGCUCUUCCAUAGUAUGACAGGUACUUUAGUUAGUCACACAGUGCAGAAAUUAUGUCUGGCAAUAAAACUUCAAAUCUUACAUGAUUCAGUCUGGAUCAUGAAGAUGUUGAGUCUAAAGGUGCAGGGAGAUGGCUGCCUGUGUUACUAGUACUACUUGGACAUGGAAUAGUACUAGUGUUAAAGUGGAUGGGCAUGGAUAGUAAAGCUGUUGAGUACACAACCUUCAUAUUUCUUUUAUGUAACUAGGCUGCCUGGCAACCACAGUAGUCAGUAUUCAUAACUGUGAUAAUUAGAAAGAAUUAAAAAAUAUAUUUGUUGUCUGUAUUGUCUCCUACCCUUCAUGGAUGAGUGACACUCUUAGAGCCAUAAUAUGCUACUAGACUUUGUGGAAAUCUAGACUUUUCUGCAGGAUAUGUCUCCUAUUAUCAUGUCCAAAGCCAUGUACAGCUCCAACAGUGGUAUCAUUGUCUUGUUUGAAAGGCAUGAGUUUUCAGUCAUUCAUUUCUGCUGUCAUAACAGCAUGUUGUUAAAAUAAAUUUAAGUUACCUGGGCCUGAAAUAUCAAAUAUGGUUGUCUGUUUAGUAUAAGCUUUAUACAUAGAAGGUUUAAUAGUAGUAUUUCUUAUUUGGCCCUUUAAUACUAAAAGCUUCAUUUGACUUUUUAUUACAUUUCUUGCUGACUUCAAAAACAUGUUACUUUUCAGAGGAAGAGUGAGUAAUUACCAGAAUUCUUUGAAAUGUGGAUGAAUGCCUUUUCUCCUUGAUAGGUGUAGUAAGACAGCAUAGUACAAAAUGUUUACUUGCAGGUUCAUGGAUACCUUGCACAUUGUGGAGGUAACAUGAGGUACAUUUGGCUUUUCUACAGUGAGAUACAUGUAAUGAAAAUGCAGUCUGUUUGCAGCACAGAGUAGUUUUUCCUUGUGUGUUUUAUGUUUUAUAACAGUUUCUUCUGAUACAGUGGUGCACUUAUUACUACUACUCCCAAACUCCAGAGGCUACUACAUCUCCAAUUAACCCUGCUGCAUAAUCAUGUAACUCAGAUGAACAUGUAGCAUCAGGCUAAAUGAUGGACAGCCACAGUCAUGGCCCCUUUAACUUAGGUGCCUGCCUUAAACAAAAUGUUACAGUCCUGUGAAAGGUAGUCUAGCCACAGUGGAAGAUUCGUCUUCCUGGUUAUUCUGUAAAGAAACAAAGGGAUGCAUGGACACAUUGCAGCAAAUAUGUAAAGCAGGCAGAGGCAUUAAACCAAUGUUGGUAGAAAGUCAGGUGGAUAUAAAAGAUUCCACAGCACAUACUGUAAAGAGUAGGAGAAGAGAGCAUAGACGGACAAAGCUGUGACAAUGGUGCAGGCAGCCAGAGUUUGAAUAGUGGAUCAUGUGGCUGUUGCUGGCUCACAGUGCUAGAGGGGGGAGAGAUGGCUGUGGCUUGCCACAAGGGUGAAGCCUAACAUGAGCAUUAAGGGUUUACUAAUGGAGUUUGUGUGCUGACUGUAUACUGUAAUGGUGCAUUUGCACCAGAUGGCUGUGGGAGCUCUGCAUGUAGAGGCAUGAUUAACACUGGGAGGGAAUGAUAGCAGACCUCAGAUGAGCUGUGGAGGAAGGAGGGGGUGCUGUUCAGGAGAGGGGUUAGAUCUCCGCCAACAGGAGAAGCAAGCUGACCUGCUUCCUACCGCCUGACUUUCACCAGGGAGUGCAGGGUGAAUCUGGAUUCCCAGAUAGGAACAAAUAGGGCAUAGGUCUCUCAACUAGUCCAGGAAUUCCAUUCCCCUCUUCCAGAACAAAUGGGCUGAUGGGAGCCAGUAGUGGAGCCAUUAAAUCAGAUAGGCUCAUGUGGGGGGGGGGGGGGGAGAAAAGAAAGGCAUAGAACUUCCCCAGGGGCUUGGCCAACACUUUUGUAGUUAACAUGAAUACCACCUUGAGUGUCUCCUGAAAAUAAGCUAAUGGCAUAGUGGGACUAAACCAGUCCAAAAAAAAAAAAGAUAAAUAAAAUAGCCUUAUGCCCAUGAAAGAGUGAGAGUUUAUGCUCAUUACACUUACUGAUAGCUGGAUAUAUGUGGUGGGGAUCACAUAAUACACAGGGGGGAAAAAGGCAUACAUGUAUAAGUAUACAUUUAAGUGCCCAGCAAAAGAUGAUUUCAGAUGUCGAAGCACAGGGAACACAAAAAAUGUGUGUGUGCCUGUUUUAACUGUUGUACAUACAACUCAUUCCUCUCCAGCAGAAGUUAUUUCUUUAGUGAAAUGCAUAUUAAAACCUUAGUUACGUUUCAGCAUAAAAUGGAAAGAGAAAGGUUGCUCUUAUUCGAAAAUGUAUAUUUUACCAUGUAUUUUCUUACUGACGAGUGUACCACUUUCACUAAAGAGAAUAUUUGAACAACAGACACAAAAUGCUUUUUUAGAAUUUAAAAAUCACUAAAAUGCAAAGCACUGGGGGAUGGAUAAGCAUAACAAACAUUUUAAGACAAACUAGCUAAGAAUUUAUCCUUUUAAAAUAACUGUUACAGCAGCAGUAUCUGUUAGUUUACAGCGAUAGUGAGUACCUUGCUAAUCUGCGUACAUCAGUCCUUAGUCAUGUUUAGAUCAGAUUGUGUAUAUUAUUUUGUAACUGCCUUUUUAAAUACAACUUAAAAGUUUACACUUCUGGAAAAAUGUGUGUGCUGUUUUAAUUACCUUCUGAAUGUGCUGUAAUCUGAUUGUAGCUAUGUUAGGCUGACACUGCUUCUUGCAAAUAGCACUAGUAUUCUGCUAAAUUCUGUCAACUGUCAUCAACAAUGUCUUCUGACUUACUAAGUUUCUGUGUUUUAACUAAUGAACGAAGUCAAAACGUUGUAAAUCUGUAUAUUGAUGUUCUUGGAAAGAGAUAUUUCAAAAUUUAGUUACCAUUACAUACUGCUGCUUGAAACGUUAGAAGAGAUUAAGGCUUUUUUCCCCACUUAAGUUUGGUGGUAUUGAGUAGUGCUCAAUUCCUUUGUUUACACUGUUGUAUUAACAGAGGUUUCUAAAUGUAUUUUAUACUCUAUGUCAAUCAUAAUGUUCCAGUGUGUGUGUUUGGGAGUGGGGGUGGGGGUUCUUAAUGCUUGCCUGUUUCUGUUUUUUUAUACUGUAUUUACAUUUUCAGCGAUGCAUAGAGAUUGUGUAGUACACCUAUUAGCUAAAUGUCACUGUCCCUUGUCGAAAAUAUUUUUUUCUCAUUUUUGUGCUUUAUGAACCAUGUGCAGAAUUUCAGAUUACAGUGUGGUAUUUAUUCAGGGGCAGAUGACAAAAGCUAGGGUCAUAUGCUGACAUCUUUUUUUCAUUCAUGAUUUAAGUUGACUGCCUGCUCACAAUGUAAAGUAGGUGCUCCUCAUGUGUGUAAUAUCUUGCAACACUGUUCUUGAAGGUGCUGUUAUGUAGCCAUUACUACAGGGGAACUUCUCUGAGUAACUUCUCAUUGGUACUUGCAUAUUACUUUACUGAAAGUAAUAGCAUAUAAUGCAAUCAGCCUUGAUUCUGUAUUGUGAAUAAAUCUAAAUCAGGCAUGAAAAACAGAAUGUCAUUGUAAACUGUUGGCAUACCCUGGAAAUAGCAUGGUCUUGUAAUCAGACUAUGUCAGCUGAUAUUAUAAAUAUUAUUUUAUAGUAUAUGCAGUGCACUGUAUGAACCAAAUUUUUGUUUUAUACAGAUAAAUGUAUGUCAGAAGAGAACUUCAUACUUUUUGUAAUAUAAGUUUUUUUUUUUCUGUUAUAAACUGUUUUACAAAUCUCAAACCCACUUUAUUGUUUUGCAUUCAUUGCAUUUUUUUUCUAAAUUUGUCAUGUUCAGAACAGCUUGCAUUUUGUGUAGUCACCUGCUUUUAUGCUGUAAUGCAGUGAAUGUUUAUACGUGCAGAGUUACUGUUUUGUUUGCACAAAAUUCCAUGCUGCAUUCAGUUUUGUAAAGGCUGUAUUGCUUAAAUACAAUCUAAAAUAGUU